GGGGCGGAUGGAAGGAGGGAGGGAGAGCCAAGCCUGACACGGGCCAGAGCAGCGGGGGGAGGCACUCACAAAGGCCUUGGAGGCAGGAUGGAAAGACAGUAAUUACAUAAGAGCACUUGGCGAACAUCUGGCUGGAGUCAGCUGGACCCUGCUGGCCCUCCCUCCCCACGCUGCUACCCAGGAGCAGCUGAGGAUACGGAUAACCCAGCGUGGGACCCUCCGGAGGGGAGUGGAGGUCACCAUGGACAUAAUCUACCUGCGCACACCCGUGGCCUUCCUUCUUCUCCCUCUUGUUGUGCUUGGGGCACCCACUGAUGAACCCAACCUCAGAGAACCAGCCCCUGGUGCUUGCAAGCGGUGUUGUGACUCACUGGACUCUUCCACAGAUGACCCACCACUCCCUCCCAGCCACCACCACUUGCCCUACCCAAUGCCGGAGGUCCGUCCCUAUAUCAACAUCACCAUACUGAAGGGAGAGAAAGGAGACCGAGGAGAACCUGGGAUGCCGGGAAAAUGGGGCAAAGAAGGACCACGAGGCGAGAGGGGUGCCCAGGGCCCGAAAGGCAGUAAAGGACAGAUGGGCACAGCAGGAGACCCCUGCAAGCACCAGUACGCUGCAUUCUCUGUUGGUCGCAAGAAAGCACUGCAUAGCAGUGAAGGCUACCAGGUCUUGAUCUUCGACACUGUGUUUGUCAACCUCUACAGCCACUUCGACAUGUUCAACGGCAAAUUCUACUGCUAUGUAGGUGGACUUUACUAUUUCAGCCUCAAUGUCCACACCUGGAACUUCAAGGAGACCUACAUGCACAUCAUGCAUAAUGAAGAAGAGGCAGUCAUCUUGUAUGCCCAACCCAGUGACCGCAGCAUUAUGCAGAGCCAGAGCCUCAUGCUGGAGCUCCAGGAAAAUGAUGAGAUCUGGGUGAGGCUCUACAAGCGGGAGCGGGAGAAUGCCAUUUACAGCGAUGAUGUUGAUGUGUACAUCACCUUCAACGGGUACCUGGUCAAGCCCAGCCUUGACUAACUGCCUCUCCUCCUCCUUGGGGCCUCUUUGGCCUUUUCCUUCUUCCUCUCUCUCUCUUUACUGCCCGUAACCACUGCAAAUCACUUAGAAAUGGGCCUGUUAAGUUUCAGGCACUGAGUGUGAAACUUGCCACACUGGGUCUCACCUCAUGCUCUCUUGUAGCCAGGCCUAUAUCUGUCCACUUACAGCGUGACACUACCAUCUCUCGCCCCCUCACCUCAUGACCCCAACUUAGGUUAUCGUCUUCUUCUAAAUCUGCCAAAAAACUGUGCCUGGCAUUUAGGGUCCUAGAGCAGGAGGAAAGCUAUAAUGCUGUUCCUGGGGAUGCGUCUCUUCUUGGGGUUUCAUACACAAGAGCCUCCUGGAGAAAGGGUUAGAAAGUCCCUGCCACCCAGGUGCAUCCUGGCUCCUCUCUGUUCCAACUAAACGUGCCAGUUUUGCAGCCCACAACAUGGCCCUGGUGUCAUCUCUCACACCUGUAGUCUGGAGAGCAGACUGGGGUCUGAUGGCCUCCUGUAGCACAAGUAAGAUGUAAGAGCAGUGAGAGAUGAUACUGUCUUUCCAAAAAAGCGGACAGUUGGCCUUCUGAAGUGUGUUCAUUGACUUUCCUUAGACACCCUUCUGUUUGGCUAUAAAAUCUGGGCCUGGUGGGGUUGUCUGCUGUGCCAGCUCUAGUUCUUCAAAAAGAAUAAGAGCCAGACACUCAGCCAGACCAUUCAGAGGCAUCUGUCAUUGAAUCAGUAGAGCCCACCACUCUAUUCCCACUACGGACCAUAAGUACAGAAUAAGAGAGAGAGCAACAACCCUACAAAACCUCCCUCCCAGACCUCGCAUGCGGUGCUACUUGGUUGUGGUUCCCCGGCUGUGGAAAGUUAGUCCAUACAGUGAACCCAAAUCUGCUCUCUUUGGCAGGGGUGCAUCCAUCCAUUGGUGUCAGCAGCCAUCCCUAACACUCACUGAUGUGAGGGAAGAGCCAGGGCUGGGCCCUGGCUCCCGUGUGCCAUUGCGCUGGUCCUCCUGAAGGUGGUUCUCCCAUGCUGGUAUUGAGGGACUGCUGUUGCAGGACCUGAGCCAGAGGCUGCAAGGGCAGUUGCAGUUAAAUCAGAUCCAAACCUGUGCAGGUUGGCUCCUUCCUACCUCUGUGAUGGAAAAGAGAGAGAGGUGAGAUUACAGCACCUUGGCACAGGGUUAAAAACUUUCCUGCCACAUGCUCUGUGCCCUUUUCUGGCAAUCUCAUCCGAGCAACUGAGAAAAGCAUGUGGCUAAAACAAACCCUUGCUCUUCUUGUCAGGUUGGAGAUGUCGCAGUGGGAAAGGAAUGCCAGGGGUAGGAUUUGUACUGGCCUCACGCUGCGCUCACUCACAUCCCUCUGGGGUUGCUGCAGUCCUGGGGGGAGCAGAUGAGGCUGACUCAGUACUUGGGAAACCUACUUCCACAUGUUGUGAUACUCCUGUAAACAGCAGUGCCAAGAGUUGUCCCUUUUUUGAGUCUCAAGGCAGGACAAGCAGGGAAAACUGUGUUUCUUCUCUGCCCAUCACUGAUGAGGAAGUCUUCUGCCUUACCUAGCUUCCGUGGUCUCAUGAUUAGCCACGGUCUCUGCCUAUAGCACCUGGGACUACUAGAGCUCUCCCAUAGGAGAUACACAUCAGAUUAUUAUACGAGACUAGGUCCGGUAAACUCAGCCCAGGAUGGUGAAGGCACAGGGAUCCAGGCUAGAUAUUAAAUAUGAGCGUGAGAGAAUUGCAGGACAUUUUUCUCUCUUGCCCUGUUUACUUACCUUCCCUGCUUUGCUAAGGAAGCUGUACAGACUGGAAUGAGUUUCAGGCACUUUCUGCCCUGGAUCCUCCCCACCACGGUCACUGAGGCAAUGAGUAUAAAAACAAGGUUUCACUGAGGCAAAGCUGGAUUUUUUUUUCCUGGGAAACAUGAUGAUGGGAUCAGGAGAACUAAAGGAGACUUGAGUUUUAGCCCCUCCGAUAGCAGAUCAAGUGUGUGGAAUUGCUCAGAGAGGAUUUCAGGCAGUAGAGGAGAUGCUCAGGACAGAAUCUCUUUCUCCUUUUCUGAACAGGUUGCAAACCCCGGUAUUGUCUCUUUACAGUGUAUAGCAUCCCUGUGUCUCCCUGAUGAGAAGCAAGCCUCUCUUUACACUGAAUAUCUCCAGAAACGAGCUCCCUUCUUCCUCCUGUUCUAUUUGGUGUUUGAAUGCCAGUGAUAGUUCUCACAUGCAACCCAUGAGCAGCCAGAUGGUGCCUGAUGCGUGUGAGAGGGGAGGGUAGGGGGACCAAAGGGUAUGUUUAACAGGCUUCUUGGUGCUAAACAAGAUGUCAGUCCCUUGGUGCUAAAUCAGAUUUCAGGAGUAUUGGAUGCUUUCUGAAAGGUGUAGUAGGCUGAGUUGUAAUGUACUGUGGAAUUAAUGGUGCUUUAUGUUACAAAACCAAACUCCAAAACUUUUGUGUAUAUAUAUAUAUUUUUUUUUCCAGUGGUAUUAAACUUUUUUCCCUAGUUGUUUUGCA